UCUAGCUUUGGAUUCAAAACAUUUAAAAUUUACAUGGUGAUGCCACUGCGAACGUAAGGACUGACGUUUCCAUGCGUUGACGGCCAUUGCUGACUUAAGACCCCACACUACAACUACGCCUUAUAAUAACACAUAAUUUCAAUGCCUUCAUACCCAAUUUGGUAUCCUUUUCCUUCUCUGCAUUUUGAGUAACAUGUCUGAAACUAAGCCCAGCUCACAGCCGCUUUUAACCCCCUACCAAAUGGGUUCUUUCCAUUUGGCUCACAGAGUGGUUUUGGCUCCUCUGACCAGGCAAAGAUCCUACAACAACAUUCCUCAACCGCAUGCAAUUUUGUACUACUCUCAGCGAACAACCCGCGGGGGCUUGUUGAUCGCAGAGGCAACAGGGGUCUCUGAUACUGCUCAAGGGUAUGUAGAUACGCCUGGGAUAUGGACACAGGAGCAGGUUGAAGCUUGGAAGCCCAUUGUGAAGGCUGUGCAUGACAAAGGGGGUAUUUUCUUCUGUCAAAUAUGGCAUUGUGGAAGAUAUUCUCAUGUGGAUUAUCAGCCUAAUGGCCAAUCUCCAGUCUCGUCUGCAAGCAAACCAAUAUCUGGAAAGAUCGGUUUACCGAAUCGAAAGGAUGUGGCAGAUUUCUCUACUCCUCGGCCUUUGAAAACAGAGGAAAUUCCCAAUAUUGUUGCAGACUUUCGAAAAGCUGCCAGAAAUGCUAUUGAUGCAGGUAUGUUUUUUAAUCUUAUCUGUGGCUAUGCUGAUUUGAAGAAUAGAAUGUUCCUUAUGUUGCUGCAAUUACUUCUUUUUGGAACAGGGUUCGACGGUGUUGAAAUCCAUGGGGCUCAUGGGUACCUUGUCGACCAGUUCAUGAAAGACAGCGUGAACGAUCGAACCGAUUGUUAUGGAGGAACAUUGGAGAAUCGUUGCAGAUUUGCAGUUGAAGUUGUGGAAGCAGUGGUGGAUGAAAUCGGAGCAGAGCAUGUGGGAAUUCGACUUUCUCCAUUUUCAGCUCAUUCUGAAGCGUAUGACUCAAAUCCGGAGGCGCUGGGGCUUUACAUGGCGGAGGCUCUGAAUAAAUACAACAUCUUAUAUGCACAUUUAGUUGAGCCCAGGGUUCUCAAUUCGCAGACGACGAUAGCGAGUGGAAAGAGCCUUAUUCCCAUCCGGAAAGCAUUCAAGGGGACCUUAUUGGCUGCAGGGGGUUAUGAUCAGAAUGAUGGGAACAAAGCUAUUUCAAGUGGGAAAGCAGAUUUAGUGGUUUAUGGGCGACUGUUUUUGGCCAAUCCAGAUCUGCCAAAAAGAUUUGAGUUGAAUGCACCCCUUAAUAAAUACCACAGAGAAACAUUUUAUACUUCCGAUUCUGUUGUUGGAUACACAGAUUAUCCCUUCCUCGAAUCUUGAAAGUGGCUUAGAAAAUGGUGGUUUACAUUUUCCAAUAAAAUCAUCAUAUUGAUUGCUUGGCAGUAUUAAAAUGUUUAGUUAGUUUUAUUUUAGUUGUUGUUAUAUGGAUGGGAUUGUCAUCGAUCUUGGGUUAUUCUAUAGCUGCAGGUGGUUUAUAUUUUUGAUGAUUAAGAUAGGGAUUGGCUGACUGCCGUUUGGCUGUUGUGUAUGCUCUCUUGAGGCUUGCUGUGUAUGCUCUCUUGAGGCUUGCUGUGUAUUCCGGGUCAGCCCCCUAGUUUUGGCUGCUUUAUUAUCAAAAACUUAGUUGUUGCGAGUUUCUCAUAGAAUAAUUUUGGGGAA